AUGCCAUCUGACAUUGAAAAUAUACCUGAUACAAGCCUGUUCAAUCCCAUGACAAUCGCUCCUCAACACUCUAGCCCGGCCUCUACUACUCUCGGGAACCAGACAUCUUCAUCCUCAGACCAUACUUCACCCAAACCCAAAUUGCCAAGUACCAAAAACACCCCUCUCGCCGCUGAGCCCACCCGCGUCGAGAAGCGAAAAGCCAACACCCUCGCUGCCCGUCGCUAUCGACAGAAGCGCGUUGACCAGAUGUCCGGUCUGGAAUCCGAGCUAAAGGACGUCAAGACUGAACGAGACGAUCUGAAGGUUCGCUGUGCCCGGCUCGAGGGCGAGGUCGAAACGCUUCGUGCUUUGUUGAAGGCGCAAAAAUGA